AUGAAACUUGCGAGAAAUUCUUCAUUAUUUCGUGGACAUAAUGAGCUAAUUGGAGAUGUUUACAAUGGAAAUUUUUUGUCUGAAGUUGAACUUUUAGCUAAAUAUGAUGACGUUUUAAAAAGCGUUUUAGAAAUGCCAACUGGUUCGAUUAAAUAUUUAAGUCCCGCAAUCCAAAAUGAAAUAAUAGAAUGUAUUGGAGAAAGUUUGCUAGAAAAACUAAUUGAUAAUAUUAAAUUAAGCCCGUGCUACUCAAUUUUACUUGAUUCUACUCAAGAUAUUACAAAAGUUGACCAAUUAAGUAUUGUUAUUAGAUAUGUACAACUUACCAGAAAUCAUAGAUCGGAGCCAAUUGGUUUUGAAAUAAAAGAAACCUUUUUGGGAUUUUUUUCCAUGGAGGAUCACUCUGCCGAAGGCAUUAAAUAUCAAAUUAUUUCUUUAUUAAAACAAUUUGAUAUAGAGAUUGAAAAUUGUGUUGGUCAGGGUUAUGAUGGUGCUAAUGUGAUGAAAGGGGUAUAUAAUGGUUUGCAAGAAAAAAUUAAAAAAAUUCAGCCAAAUGCUGAAUAUAUUCAUUGUGCCAGCCACAAUUUAAAUCUAAUUGUUAAAGAUGCAGUAGAAGGAUGGCAUGAAUCCCAACUACAACUACAAGGAAAGGGAGAAAACAAGGAUAACACACAAGGAGGAAAUGUUAUAUUAGCUGCAUUUGGCAUUUGA